AUGCUACGACUGCUCAUCUUGAGCCUUUCGUCUAUUUUGCCAGCCAUCUACGCACAUAAAGUGCACGUCGGAAACAAACCUCAAGUACGAGUCACGACAGCUCUCGUCAACUUUCAUGCUCGCAUCAUGGAUCAAUGGGGAGAUGGAGGGGACAAGGCAUGGACCAUUGCUAAUGAUUCCUACCAUCCUUUUGCUCAUCGCCAAUUUGGGGGAGGCAAGCGGCGAGAGAUUAGAGGAACCAACAUGUUUGGAAGUGGGUAUCCAUAUGGAGCGUGGAAUACGACGAGCAUUGCACGCCGUCCAUUUCCAUUUGGAGUGUGGCCUCUGUACUGGGGGGACAACUUUAUGGAUUCAAAUGAAGUCGGUCCUCAGCUGGAUACUAUCCGCCCUGGAGGACAUAUUUCGAUCGUUCCAUUAAGAACGACAAAGGAGAACUUUACGGUAUCACCGGAUGAAGUGUACUACGCGGUUGGAGACUCGCAGUCUCUCAUCUCGAUCCUAAUCUCGUACGUGACCUGGUGUCAUGCAAGUCUAUCAUGGCCAACGCGCUUUGAUCCGACGUCCUCGAACACGACAGUCAAGCUGGAGAAUGUACUGAUGUACUACCGGGCCAGCAGUUUCGCACUUGCGUCACCCGCAUACAACAAUCCCAAUAGUCGGAACGCAUCCUAUCAGCCAACGGGAGAAUGGAUCCCGGAAAAGAUCAAGAAUUCGCCAUUCUGGCAAUGUCUAGAUUCAACGACGGCGAGUGCAUUGCCAGUUCUGAAUCCACCCCCAAAGGAAUUUCGAGAUGAUAUUAUCAUCAUCGUCUUGACUUCACUAUGGAUGGUGGCUCUUGCUGUGCCUGCCCUUAUCCUCUACGUGAUUGGGUGGUGCUGCUUCAAAUGCAGGGAUUUUAUAUGGGAUGAGUUGGAACGGACAGCACAGCUAAGCAAGGAAAGAGUGGAGAGAAUGGAGAAUCUUGAGUACGAACAAUAUCCGUAG